AGCAUGUUCAGUCACAUGGAAUCCACACAAGAUGAUGGGUGUCCCUCUGCAGUGCUCUGCCAUACUGGUCAAGAAAAGAGGUCUCUUACAGGAGUGUAAUAAGUUGGGGGCCCAGUACCUUUUUCAGACGGACAAACCGUACGAUGUGAGCUAUGACACUGGAGAUAAAAGCAUCCAGUGUGGCCGACACGUUGAUGUGUUUAAACUCUGGCUGAUGUGGAAGGCAAAGGGCUCAGACGGCUUUGGAUCUCAAGUCAACAAAUGUCUGGAGAAUGCUGAGUAUCUCUAUGAUCAGCUGCAGAAAAGGACAGAAUUUGAACUAGUCUUCAAAAACAAACCAGAGCACAGUAAUGUGUGUUUCUGGUACAUCCCUCCCAGUCUGAGAAGCUUGCCACCCGGACCUGACAGAGAUAGACGACUCCAUCAGAAGAUCACAAACAUGAUGGACCCAGCAGACAUCCCAGAGGAGUUAAGUGAGGAGCUUGAGAGGCUCCCGAGAGUCGCCUUUUCGCAUCAGUGGGUCUAUAGACUCAAAGACUGUGUCCAUUGGCUUGACGGCUAUGGGAGGGAGGGAACCACGCCUCCUGCAGUUUCUGCGACUUGUGAGGGUGUUGGACCUCCUGGUUCCCCUGAAACAGGGGCUCCAUGCCCAGGGAUUAGCUCAGGCCAUAAGGACCUCCUGAGCCACGCAGUCUCCGAUGCAGCAGCCACGUCAGCAACCCGGCAAGCCUCAGCGUUGGGGUCCAGAGCAGAUUAA